CAUCCUCAUCUUCUCUCUGCCUUCCUACUUCUGUUCUCUCUCCCUCCCACUAGCUCCUUUCACCUACUCCUCUCCCCCACCCCCUUAGCCCACCAUGCUCCCCUUCUCCUCCUGACACUUUCCCUCUCUUCCAUGUACCCUUCUAUGUCUGGAUGUUUGGUGUCUAAUUGUCCAAUGACCCUGUGAAGAGGGAUCUCCACAUUUGAAAUCUCUUGAGUCUGUCUUCCUGACUGCAGAAUGAGUUGCAGGCUGGCACUGUGUGUCUUGGUUCGGGUAUCUCUGCUGUCUGGGAUCCUGGUUGGAAUGUCCAUGGGUCAGGACAUGUCCCAGCCAUACUACCACCAGGAGAAUGUGAUCGACCUUCUGGAAGCCCUGAACAUCACAAGAUCUAUAAGGGGAGUGAGCAGAAGCAAAGGCUUGGAGCCAGGGUUCCCAGCUUGGAAGUUCCGUAACCGUGUGCCACAUCUCACUCUGCCACGGGAUUAUGCCAUCUACUUCCUCACCUCCAUGCAAGGCUCCAUUGGCUUCCACUUUGUGGCGAAGCAGAGCAAGAAUUCCGAGGGGACAGUGAUCUCCUUUACCUCACCCACCAUCACCAAGAAGGAUGGACAGCCACUUCUACAGCUUGUGUCCAGCACCAGAAGUAACCAGCUUCGACUGGAUUACCGAACUGUGCACAACAUGGAGCCAGCGUCUGUCACCUUCCCUGGAGGGACCCCCUUUGGGAAUGGGCAAUGGGGCAGAGUGGCCUUCAACCUAGAAGCUCAGAAGAUAACACUAUUCAUUGACUGUGAGGAAGACAUCAUCUUUGAAAAGACCAUGGGCGAUGAUGCCAUCAGCCUGAUCCUCCCCAUUGACUUGGAGAUUCACUUCUCCAGUACAGCGGGAGACCGCAACAGCAAGUUCACGGGCUAUUGGCAGACCGCAGAAAUCUCCCCCAGUGGAUUCAUUCGCCGCCCAUGGCACUGUGAUAAUCUCCCAGAUUCAUUACCUUUGCCAUAUUCCUUGGCUGAGGAACGUUAUUCUAAUUCCGAUGAACAAUUCCAAUUCCAUGAAGAGGAUUCCCCACAUCCGUUGUCAUUGUCUGACAUUAGUCAGUAUCAGCAGCAGCAGAGUGAUGCUGGGGAGUCCGUGCUAAGCCACAACCUAACAUCUGCAAACCCAGAGCAACGCCUGGCAAGGCUAGAGGAGAUGGUGACCUCAUUGGGUACAAUGCUGGAUAUGCUGAAAGCUCAGAAUGCUGAUCUGUUAGUACGAGUCAAGCACCUGGAGACAUGUGAAUGCAGGAAGCCCACAUGUUCAUGGCACGGGAGACAGUAUGAGGAGGGUCAGUUGUGGGAGCAGAAUCUCUGCAGCACCUGUACCUGCACCAAAGGCGAGGUACAUUGUUCCAGGCGGAAUGACAGUGCGAUCUGUCAGGAUCCCUGUGUUACCAGACCCUGCAAGAAUGGGGGUCACUGCCAAGCUCUCCCCUCGGACUCUGGGCAACAUCCCUCUGGAUUUAUCUGCAGCUGCCCCAUGACAUCCACAGGACGUCUGUGUGAGAAGCCAAUGGUGCAGGUCUGCUCUCUGCCCAGGCUUACAGGUGUUUGUAAAGGAAAGCACAGCAUUUCGACGAGGCGCUGGUUUUACAGUACCCUCUCGGGUCUUUGUGAAGAGUUUGAUUAUAGUGGCUGUGGCGGAAACAGCAACAAUUUUCAGACACAUGAGGAAUGCACAAAGCGAUGUGAGGUUGGUGCUUGCUGCUUCCGCCAACCAAAGCUGACCAACUUCCUGACUGGCUACGACCAUGAAGGUUAUGAUCGCUAUGGAUACAAUGUAUCUGGCCUGGAUCGGUCUGGUAGGCAUCUGGUGGCCUUUAACCCUGUGCGUUCUGGACCUGCACUGUUCGGGCCAAAUGGACAGGUCUUCAGUGGCCUGAGCGAUGGACGUGAGUUUGACAAGUAUGGGUUUGACAAACAGGGUUAUGACCGGGAUGGGUUUCAUAAGGACACUGGGUUUAAUCUGACUGGAUACAAUAAAAGAGGAGAGCACGACUCCAGACACGAGUUUGACACGACUGGAUUCAACGCUGAGGGUUAUAAUCGUGCCCAGUUUGACUGUGUUGGGAUCAAUCGCGAGGGGUUCAACUACCUUGGCUAUUUCGCAGCCUUUGACUACCAUUGUGAAUACCUGCCGUCCUCACACUGCCAGGCCAUCGAUCGUGCUGACCUGAGGAGAGAGGUGGUCAGCUUCAGACCAGGCCAAAGGUGUGAGGACAGCUCCUGUGGCCAGAGUUGUGGCUGCACCUUCCAAGGUCGUUCCUAUCACUUUGGUGAGUCCUUUGAGUACAGUUGUGAGAUCUGUCUGUGCAGUUACACCGGAGUGAUCGAGUGUAACUGUCGACAUGUCAGUCAACGCAAGGAGAUCCGAGAUAUGAUGGCUGGCGAGAUGAAGACUUAUCAGGCCGCAAUACGGGAUCUCUACUCAAAACAAGGUACCUGGGAGGAGUUUGCCAGAUUGAGAGCGGAGUACGCCCGGCAGGCCAAUGGUCCAUCUACCUUCCUUCCCUGGCACCGAUACUUUCUCCGCAUGGUUGAGCGGGAGUUGCAGAAGGUAUCAUGUGACAUCAGCAUUCCAUACUUUGAAUGGACCAUUGAUGUAGGCUCAAUGGAAAGCUCAACUGCCUGGCAGGCUAAUUUCUUUGGGCCGAAUGGAGACUCCAAGACAGAAUGUGUCUUACAACACCCUUUCCAGCAGGACGGCAAGUGGGAACCUUGUCUCCGUCGCCAGUUUAACUCUUCCAUCACUCUGCCCGAUGCCAUCAACAUCCAGCUGAUAUUGGCAGAAGAAGACUUUGACCAAUUCUCCAUUCAGAUAGAGGCCAUCUCUGGCCUCUUCCAUCUUUGGGUUGGAGGUCACAUGGCCUCUCCUUUCAGUCCUUACGAUCCGAUCUUCCUGUCUCAUUAUGCAUUUGUCGACAAGCUUUGGACUCACUGGCAAGACCGCAGUCCCAAUGGCUUGCCCCGUUAUCCUCCUGAACUUCGGUUUGUGAAGAUGAAACCAUUUGACAUUGCCCCAGAUGAUAUCCUCCUGUCUCAGCAACAGCUAUGUACGACCUACGCCCCAGUCACACUUGGUGCCCCCUGCAACGAUACGACCCCUGACCCCGCCGUCCAUCACCACGCCGGCUACAACGGGGAAGAUUAUGAUCAACCUGCCCAGCCUGAACUGCAGGGAGAGUAUGAUGUACAUGGCUACAAUCAGUACGGAUACGAUCGCCAUGGCUACGACCAAUCCAGUUGGGAUCCAUAUGGUUACAACAGAGACCAUUUCAAUCGGGAUGGUUUCGAUGUUGAAGGAUUUGACGUUUCUGGAUAUAAUCGGUAUGGAUUCAAUCGGUCACAAGUGACACCAUUUGGAAUGAGGAAGGAUGAGUCCUAUCUGCCUUACGUUGAAGUGGAGCUCAUUGACUCGCUCUUUGACAGGGGCUAUAACAUGUACGGGUACAACAAGUUUGGGUUGGAUAAGAACGGGUUCGAUGUGUUUGGCUUUGAUGAGAAUGGCUAUGACAAGGACAACUGUAAUUAUUUCUUCCGUGGCCCUCAUCACAUGAGAUUCUACUUCUUCAUCCAGCAGCAGUUAUACAUGACCAGUCCCGAGCUGCUGCUCAAUGUUAAACGUAUCUGCCCUCCCAUAAGCCCGCUCCCAGAUUGGUGGCUUGUUCAGAACUGGAUGACUAUCGAUGUGCAAGAAACAGUCACCACAAUCAGGCUGAUUGAACAGAAAUGGGCAUCCAGUCAUCCAUUUGACCACGGAUAUAUCCCCAGCAUCACCUCCGUGAAAGACAACAACCUUUGGCUUCCUGUGACUCCUGACCUCAGCUUCCUGAAUAAUCCAAAGUUCAUCCUGCUCCAGCUUCAGUUCCUUCACGCGGCCUGUGAGGAGCUGGAGUUGGGUGCACUUCUCAUAGCUGAUCAACUGGCUACGCAUAAUUCAACACAUUCGGAUCAGGACCUUGAGAAAUGUCGUCUCCUGGGCAAACAGAAUUGUUAUGGUGGCUUCAUUUAUUUUGGUUAUUGCUACAAGUUUGUUCUUGAGAAAAAGUCUUGGAUUGAUGCUGAGAUACUUAAUAUCAAAAUAAUUGACUGUGUUCAAAUAGAACAUACUGUGACUUACACUGCACCAUUGUAA